GCUGCUGCCGUCAGUUCAGUAGAGAGAGGAUGAGAAGGGUAAGCGGCCUAGCUCUUCCAGAUAGCUACAGCCGGUCAAUUUAACAUCACCGUUGUAUUUAACAAAAUAUUCGACUGAAGUAACUUUUGAAGAAUAACUGCUUGAUCGUGAAUGGCUCAUAUCCUUUUUAGAAGAAUAGUUUAUGCCACUGGACCGUGGACACCAAAGAAGAAAUUUGACCCUCGUAACGUUAUCGCUUACAGCCAAACUCCAUUUUCCUUUCAGCCGAGUCAAAUGGUUUCCGUCUAAUUUAUUUUUUUAGGACACUCAAAGUUUCAAACAGGGCAUUGUGCGGUUUGAUUUCAGCAUGGCCAUGUUCAGCUCUCAGGUGCUGCUCGCAGUCACGAGAUCAAGAGGAUCGUACUUGCUCUCCAAACGACAUGGCUGUUCCUCUCUCUCCUCUUCCUCUCUCCGUUAUCACAUCGCCACAUUGGAUCUCUCGUCCCUCAGUGCUCCCAGACCCCUCUACCUUCACAUCUCCCGCACCACCAACCCACAGACCUUCUUCAUCCCCGCUCGGACCCUUCACUCCUCCUGCACCUGGCUCCAGGAGGUAAAGAACACUCCUGAAGGCGGACAGGUGAAGGCCGACGUCGUUCCCGAGCCCACCAAAGCCGUGGCGCGUAAAUCGAUCGGUCAGAGAGUGCUGGACGAGCUGAAGCAUUACUACCACGGCUUCCGGCUGCUGGGAAUCGAUACGAAGACCGCCGGACGGAUGGUGUGGAGGCUGCUGCACGGACAACAGCUCACCCGCAGAGAGAGGAGGCGGCUGAUGAGGACGUGUGCGGAUUUGUUCCGUCUUGUCCCUUUCAUGGUGUUCAUCAUUGUCCCCUUCAUGGAGUUCCUGCUUCCUGUCUUCCUAAAGCUCUUCCCUGAAAUGCUUCCCUCUACUUUCGAGACCGAGUCCAAGAAGGAGGAGAAGCAGAAGAAGGGACUCGCGGCUAAACUGGAGCUGGCGAAGUUUCUUCAGGAGACGAUCGCCGAGAUGGCCCGUAGAAAUAAAGCGGCGGUGGGAGGAGACGAGACGCAGCAGUUCUCCACUUACGUGCAGCAGGUGAGACACACUGGUGAGCAGCCCACUACGAAAGACAUCGUGAAGUUCUCCAAGCUUUUCGAGGACGAGCUGACGCUGGAGCACUUGGAGCGCCCCCAGCUGGUGGCUCUGUGUAAACUGCUGGAGCUUCAGCCCAUCGGCACCAACAACCUUCUGCGCUUUCAGCUCAUGAUGCAGCUUCGGACCAUCAAAUCUGACGAUGAGAUGAUUUCUAAGGAAGGCGUUCCGGCGAUGACUGUAGCAGAGCUUCAGGCUGCAUGUAGGAGUCGGGGGAUGAGAUCUCUCGGUCUCACCACAGAUCAACUACGAGAACAACUCCAACAGUGGCUGGAUCUGCACUUGAAAGAAAACGUUCCUCCAUCUUUGCUGCUGCUUUCCAGAGCGAUGUACCUGACGGACCUCAAACCCAAACCUCCCGUAAUUCCUCCUGUGCCCAAACUGGAGAAAUCUCCUGUUGAGAGUGAAUCUACAGCAAAGACCCUUUCCUCUUCUGUGGAAAUGCUGAUGGACUCUGCCCCCGUCAUCAAGGACAGGAAGGCGGAGGAGUUGGCGGAAAAACAACGUGACUCGGACAUGCCAUCGCCAGAGGCUCAGUUAAUCCACGCUAAAGGUGCAGAAAUGGCGCAGAAAUCCAAGAUGACCGCUAACGGACUUUGACGGGCUUCGUCUGGGAAAUUCUCAUUGUACUCUUCCACAUCAGCCACGCCAACCAUGAGGGCACAUGCUCACUUGCUGUCGCUCUCUCACACCCACACACACACCCACACACACACACACUCCAGGAUCUCAGUGAUAGACUCUGGAGCGUCCGUGCCCUACUCCAGUGUGCCGUGGCCAUUCUUUUUUCCCCUCGUUUACGAACAAAAUAGAAUCCAUUCUUUUUGUGUACAUUUGUAAAUAAAUUGUAAAGUAUUACCCGCACAUUAUAAAUAGCGAUAUUGCUAUGAAGACGCGCUCCUCAGUUGGACAAGUGACUGUGCCAUAUUUAACCUAUACAGCUGAGAAUCAGCCAUGCUGUUUAUUUUUUAUUUUGCGUGCCCGAGCGCAGCCAGGUCGCGUUUCGUUUCCUUUACGGACGCGACGUCGGCUUAACUCGAGUUGUAUGGAAUCCUCAGGCACCCGGAAGAUGAAAUAACCCAGCUUUCAUCCGUGCACUCGACUUUCCAGACCCAUUUGUGUGUUUGUACGAGUGCGAUCAUAAAAGAUUUAUUGUUUUUUGUAACAGAAACUUAAGCAGCUGCCUUUUUUCACUAUGUAAAGAUCAGUCAGUGUUUAUAUUUGAACUGAAGUAUAGAAAUGAAUUCAUAAAGAUAUAAACAGUUUGUAGAUACUUUAAAGCCCUAAUCAGGAGUAUUGCCGAAAGAAAUGUAGCAAUUUUUAUUGUUUUCUGGAAAUGGUAAAUGUGUAUUUGUUUGUUUCUUUGUUUUUUUCCCCCCUGAGGUUUGAAAAAGCUUUAUACAUUUGUUGCAUUGACCGAUUAACUGAGCAGACAGUUAUCUAGUGGAGUCAUGUCGCUCUGGUUAUAGUCUUUGUUCUCAAAUAAUAAUAAAAAUAAUAAUAAUAAAAAUUCUACUACACCUACAACAAAAAUAUAACCUACACUGUUAGGUUCUAAAUAUAUAUAUAUAUAUAUAUGUUAAUUAAUAAAAACAAACAAAAAUAAUUGAGUUCAUUGCAAUAGUGACUAAAUAACGUGGAUUUUACAAUUAUGUUGUAGGUGUAGGAGUAUUUCUGUAAAAGAAAACAAGUGGGGCAAUAUUUGCGAAAUAAAUAACUAUUAUUAACGAUCA